CACUCUCUUUCCAUCUGCAUUAGCUCUGACAAAACCAAAAAUAAGGUCUUUUCUUUUCCUUUGAAUUCUCUUCAAUGGCUGUAAUAACAAUGAAAAUGACCCAGUUCCUCAGAAAGCAACCACAUUGAUUCAACACGAAUUCCUCAAGUUUGGAUUGAGAUUGAUAAAUAAUUACAACAAUGGCAUCACCAACAAGUCCAACGAAAAAAUUUACGUCUACGAAUUCCGGAGGACGUCCACCAUCUGCAGUGAAAUUUGCACGUCGAACAUCAAGUGGACGAGUCGUAAGUCUAUCAAGAGAUGAUGAUUUAGAACUAUCUUCCGAUUAUGGUAGUCAAACAGAUUUUUCAAAUUAUACAGUUCUUAUGCCACCCACACCAGAUAAUCAACCAUCUGGACCCAGUACUUCUAAUGAUCAAUCAAAACCAGAUGGUCCGAGUCUCUAUGGGACGAGUUCGUUAUUUGGGAGUGAUUCCAAACGAGUUGGAAUUAGUAGACGGGUUGGAGGAGAAGAAGAUGAUGGUGGUGGGGGUGGAAAUAAAGGUGGUGCGAAAAUGGAUAGAAGAGUGUCCGUUAUGAAAACGAAUAAAUCGAUGUUGUUGCGUACUCAGACGGGAGAUUUUGAUCACAAUCGUUGGUUAUUUGAAUCUAAAGGUACUUAUGGUAUUGGAAAUGCAUUUUGGCCGAAGAAUGAAGAUGCAUAUGGACCCGAUGGGAUUGAAAUGAGUAUGUCAGAUUUCAUUGAUAAACCUUGGAAACCACUUACCAGGAAAAUCAGUAUUCCUCCUGCAAUUCUUAGUCCUUACAGGUUGUUGGUGGGGUUAAGAUUUGUGGCACUAACAUUAUUUCUAACAUGGAGAGUUAGAAAUCCAAAUAGGGAUGCAAUGUGGUUAUGGGGAUUAUCCGUUGUAUGUGAAAUUUGGUUUGCAUUUUCAUGGAUUCUUGAUCAACUUCCUAAACUUAGUCCAGUCAAUCGAGCUACUGAUUUAGCUGCCCUAGCUGACAAAUUUGAACAACCUUCACCAACUAAUCCUGAGGGAAGGUCUGAUUUACCAGGUAUUGAUGUAUUCGUCAGCACAGCGGAUCCAGACAAAGAACCUCCACUUGUUACUGCUAACACCAUACUAUCAAUUUUAGCUGUUGAAUAUCCAGUCGAAAAGCUAUCUUGUUAUAUAUCUGACGACGGUGGUGCUAUUUUAACAUUUGAAGCAAUGGCAGAAGCUGUAAGUUUUGCUGAAGUAUGGAUACCAUUUUGUAGGAAGCAUAAUAUUGAACCACGUAAUCCUGAUAGCUAUUUUUCAAUCAAAGGUGAUCCUACUAAGAAUAAGAAAAGGCCUGAUUUUGUUAAGGAUCGUCGCUGGAUUAAAAGAGAAUACGAUGAAUUUAAGGUCAGGAUUAAUGGUCUUCCAGAUGUGAUUAAGAAAAGAUGCGAUGCUUACAAUAAGAAAGAAGAGAAAGAAGCUAAGAAACUAGCUAAGGAGAAAAAUGGUGGGAAUCUACCUAGUGAACCUAUUCAGGUCCAAAAAGCUACUUGGAUGGCUGAUGGGACUCACUGGCCUGGCACAUGGUUCACUUCUGCACCUGAUCACGCCAAGAGCGACCACGCAGGAAUUAUACAGGUAAUGAGCAAGGUGCCUGUAAAUGAUCCAGUCUAUGGCAAUGCAGAAGAUAAAUUCUUAGAUUUCACAGGCAUUGACAUUCGUAUUCCGAUGUUUGCCUAUGUUUCUCGUGAGAAAAGAAAGGGCUAUGAUCAUAACAAGAAGGCUGGAGCCAUGAAUGCGAUGGUUCGAGCUUCUGCAAUACUCUCUAAUGGUCCAUUCAUUCUCAAUCUUGAUUGUGAUCAUUACUUCUACAACUGCAUGGCUCUUAGAGAAGGAAUGUGUUUCAUGAUGGACCGAGGAGGUGAUCGCAUUUGUUAUGUACAAUUCCCACAAAGAUUCGAAGGGAUUGAUCCUUCGGAUCGUUACGCUAACCAUAACACUGUUUUCUUUGAUGGAAAUAUGAGGGCACUGGAUGGUAUACAAGGGCCAGUUUAUGUUGGAACUGGUUGUAUGUUUCGUCGGUUUGCUUUAUAUGGUUUCCACCCACCAAGGGCUAAUGAGUAUUCAGGUAUAUUCGGACAGAAUAAGACUCCAGCCUCUCAUUUUCGCGUGCAAUCAGAGGAAGAAGACGAGAAUCAACCACUCAAUACACACCCAGACUUGAAUUUGCCUCAAAAGUUCGGAAAUUCAACUAUGUUUACAGAUUCUAUUGCUGUAGCUGAAUUUCAAGGACGGCCACUUGCGGAUCAUCCAUCUAUUAAAAAUGGACGUCCUCCUGGUGCACUAUUGGCUCCCCGUCUGCCCCUAGAUGCACCAACUUGUGCUGAAGCUGUUGCUGUUAUCUCAUGCUGGUACGAAGACAAGACUGAAUGGGGAGACAGAAUUGGUUGGAUUUAUGGAUCAGUGACAGAAGAUGUUGUAACAGGUUACAGAAUGCACAAUCGUGGAUGGAGAUCUGUGUAUUGCAUUACCAAGCGUGAUGCUUUCCGAGGAUCUGCACCCAUCAAUCUAACAGACAGACUUCAUCAAGUACUUCGAUGGGCCACUGGUUCUGUUGAAAUUUUCUUCUCAAGAAAUAAUGCCCUUUUAGCCAGUCCACGACUAAAAUUCCUACAACGUGUUGCGUAUUUGAAUGUUGGCAUUUAUCCAUUCACUUCAAUCUUUCUUGUCACAUAUUGCUUCUUACCAGCCUUAUCUCUUUUCUCCGGUCACUUCAUCGUUGAAACCUUAGACGUAACUUUCUUAUUCUACCUUUUAACCAUUACAGUAUGUCUUGCACUUCUUUCUCUUCUUGAAGUAAAAUGGUCAGGUAUUGCAUUAGAAGAAUGGUGGCGAAAUGAACAGUUUUGGGUUAUCGGGGGUUCAAGUGCUCAUUUAGCUGCUGUUAUACAAGGACUUUUGAAAGUCAUUGCGGGUAUCGAAAUCUCCUUCACAUUAACAGCAAAAUCAUCCGCAGAAGAUGAAGACGACAUUUAUGCUGAUUUAUACGUAGUAAAAUGGACUGGUUUAUUCUUAGUGCCAUUAACAAUCUUGAUUGUUAACCUUAUAGCUUUAGUUAUUGGAAUUUCGAGGACAAUUUACAGUGUGAUUCCGCAAUGGAAUAAGUUGUUGGGAGGAGCUUUCUUUAGCUUUUGGGUUCUUGCUCAUAUGUACCCAUUUGCUAAAGGUUUGAUGGGAAGAAAGGGAAAAUUGUCUACAAUCAUAUAUGUAUGGUCAGGAGUUAUUGCUAUUACGGUUUCACUACUCUGGAUUACUAUUAGUCCACCUGAUGACGGUGUCGGCGCUUCGUCAAACGGUACCAUUCAGUUCAAAUGAUUUUCGUAGACGGAGAAUUGUGAAAAUUGAUCAAGCAAAGAGUACAAAUUAUGGUUUUUUUUCUUAAUUUUUUUUUAUUUGUAUUGUAAUUACGAACUUAAUUUUGAUCCUUAUCUAGUUAUGUGAAUUUGUAAAUCAUCCAACUAAUAGCAAUCAAGAAACUUG